AUGGGGGUCGGAGAUUAUGUACAUUCCAAGGAAGCAGGCCAACGUCGGCCUCCUACAAGAGAUGCCCAAAUCCGGUCCCGCCAAAACCUAGCUGAGCAGGCAAGGGUGGAGGUGCCUACAACGAAACUGGCUGCGCCUCUGCCUUUACCGCCCAACCGACAGGCCCAGCUGGACCACGAUGGAGCCAAUCCGGAGAGGUUGGACGCCGCUCGUGAAACCUCCCAGCGCAGAGACAUGUUCGAUACAGAUGUAGAAGGCAUCGACGACUCGACUAUCGCGGCGACAAGUGUGAUGGGCGUCGACGAUAUUCCAUACCGACCCUCGUCCAGUAUGACAGCCCACCAAGCUCCUACAGAGACAGCGCACUUCGAGCAAACCCGGCGGUCCUACGGCCCUAACUGGUACGACAACCUCGGGGACAAGGCAUUCAAGGCAGCUGGCUUUGGUUCUUCUGACUUUGACGAUGCAAGCCAACGAACAUCAGUGGCUGCUGACGACGAAGCAUCGGAAGAUCUCAACGUCUCCGACCUCCGCCCCAAAGGCCGCGGGUCCGAGGAACCUCUGAGCAAGCGUCUGCAGAAUUUCUGGAAUGCGAGCAGGAGGCCCCAUGCGAGGACAGGCGCAUCUCCGGCUCAAGAGGAGCCAUCUAAGAUCCCGACCUACAAACGCUCGUCACUGUCUGACGUGAAAGCGUCGACUACCCAAGCGCUCCCUAUCGCUCCACCCAGGAAAGUCACUCUCCCACACAGUAUGAGCGCAACUCCAAGGACGCGCUUCAGUCCUCCUAAACCUUCCCUCCUUGACAAAUACGACUUGACGCCCACCCGGCGGUCGUCUGGUUCCCGAGCUCAUUAUAAUAAGCCAAAUGUAACCGUCGCCGACCCGCACGAUAGCGGGGAGGAUGUCGGAUUAUUUGGACAUAACUACGGCACAGACAACAUGGCAGCACUCUCUGCUUUUGACAUCACCCAUUUUGAUGAUCUUGACGAUGAUCCCAUCAAUGAUCCGUUCGCUCGGCGCGACUCUGUCAGACGAAUCAGCCCCGAGCAUUCGUCACCCAGAAAGCGCCAGCUGGAAGCCGAUUACCCCCCUGAAGUCCUGUACCAGAAAUCAUUCGCGGAUCUGCAAGCGGAACCGUUUGACCGCACGCCGUCAGCAGCCGUCACGUCGGGUCUAGCCCAAGAAGUACCUAGCUCCGGGGCCGACAGAAUCUCUCAGCUCCUGCGACUUUCCGAAGAAGACCGUCGCGCAUACUUUUCCAACUUGUCGGUUGAGGAGUGGGAAGAAUGCGGUGAUCAGCUUAUCGAGCAGUUCAGCAACCUGCUCACGAAGAUGAAGGACCUACGCCAAGCUCGGCGCACAACCGCUGCGGUGUUCGAAGCUGAGAUUAGACGACGGCAUGAAGCUGUUCAAGAACAGUCUGCCGAGGUAUCUAAGAAACUGGAGGACAUGAGAAGCGGUGGCGUGGAGGUUUUACGCGGACGAACCCCUUCAUAG